AUGCGUCUGGAUAAUUGUCAAGGAACUGUCGUCGGUGUUAUUCAUGAUCAAGUUCUUGUGAAUUAUGACGGUGAAGGUGUUCUAUUCCUCAAAAAUGUUUUGACUCGUGCUUACAAAAUCGAUGAGAUCGUUCAGUUUUCGGCUGUUUCAGCAACUGCGGUAAACAACAUUAAUGAAGCUGUAUAUGGUAUUUGUAAUUUGCAGGUGGACAUUGAAGUUGGAGAUGAGAUUGCAAAAUCUGCGAGAUAUGAUGUGAAAUGGAAAGGAUCUGAAAUCAAAUUCAUCAAAUUAGCAAGAACCAUCAGAGGAGGAGGUGUUGUUCUCAAAAUCGAUCCAAAAGGGCAAUUUAUGUUUGUUGAUUGGAAAUUCAGUGCAGCUCCCCCCGCAUUAGUUAAGGUAUAUUCAUAUUCUUCUUUAUGAAUUCGAAUUGUUGUGUAUUCAGAUUGAAAACAUCAAAACCAGCACCAAUAUUCUAUGCCCAAAAAUGAGAUGCAAACCAAAAACAGAAAAUCUCAACGAAGUUUUCAAAGUUGGACAACGUGUUCAAUAUUAUGCAAAAGAACAGGCACCAAGUAAACAUGGUGUAUGUUGGAAAGCUCAAAUUGUUGCUGAUAUGGAACAUGAUUUGAUUGUAAGUAUUCUAUUUUGUGUAAUUCUCCGUAAAUGUACUAAUUUCUUUUAGACUGAAGACAUGGCUGGUCGCACAUAUUAUCAUGCGAUCAAGAAAUCGGAAAUGAAAAAAUUGAGAAACGAAAAUACCGCAAAAAAACGAGGAAGUGCAGAAAGUGGACCAAGUUCAUCAUCAUCUUCCGCAUCUACAGUUCAAUAUAAUUCUUCAACAUCAAAUCAAGUUAUGUUCGAAAAACCACCAAAUGUUGGAGGAUAUGAUUUUUAUGAUUGUUCACUUGAAGCAUGUCAAGCAAGAUUCAAAGCAUUUGGUUAGUUUUCGAUCAUACAAUUACAACUUGAAUAAAAUUAAUACUUACAGCUGAAGAAUUCCGCGCCAACAAUCCAAAUUCAAUUCUCGCAAAACCACAACUCGAAGGUCUUCUCCAACUUCAAUAUUUGAAUCAUGUCGAAGAACAAAUGUCAAUCAUUCGCGCUGCAACAUCUUCAUAA